AUGCAGCCCGCCCAGAGUGAAGAACAGACGGAGGCUCAAGUACCAAAGAGCCAAGCAAAAAUAGUAAAUGAGCUAAUCGAAAAUAAGGACUCCAUCUGCGCAUGGUGUUUUGAUGUACUAAAGAAUGAACUGAAAAAUGAAAAAUUGGAUAAAGCCCCCCCUCUGAUUCAGUCCCUACAUAAGAGUGGAUUUAAGAUCCCCUUCUUCGUCAAAUGGAUGAAGCUGAAUGAUGUGAAGGACAUGGGGUCCUACGACUACGAUGCGUAUGAGCUAAACGGAUGUAUCGGUUGCUUAAACGAAACAGAUAUAAUGGAGCUGCGCUAUUAUGCUUUGGAGAGUGCCCUCAACGACACAAGGUUCUAUCCCAUCACGCUAAAGGAUUUUCCUUCCCUUAUUGUCACCAUAACAUAUUUAUUUAAUUUUGAAAAGUGUGCACAUGUGUACGACUGGGUCAUUGGAAAGCACGGAAUUAAAAUCAGCUUCGUCGUCAACAAGAGGAGGUACUCGUCCACCUUCUUGCCCGAAGUGGCUUCCCAGCAUAACUUCGACCAUCAAACGACCGUCAAGAAACUGAUUAGGAAGGCAAACUACAGGGGGGAAAUCAACGACGAGCUUUUGGAGAACAUACAGGUGGAGCGCUACGAGGGGGUCAGCUGCAGCCUCACCCACGUGGACUACGAGAGGGGGAAGCGGGGGGAAGCAGUCAGGUGA